AGCCCCAGUUCUUUUCUUCGGGACUCAGUAUUGGCCCCCAGACCUCUCUUCCUCUGAGGCCUUGGCGCCCGGUCCCAGAAACGGGAGAGAAAGUGGAGGGAGUGGGCCAGAGUGUAAUUCUUGAACUACAUUUCCCAUAAAGCUAUGGGGUUGGCUGCGGUAAUCAGCUAGGGAGAGACCCCGAGGCCUUCUGGGAGUCGUAGUCCUAGGGCUAGAAAGGGCCACGUCCCUCGUCUUUGUGGCUCGACGCCAGGGUUUCCAAAGGGCAGUGGGCAUCUAGCCGGAAGCCUCGGUCCUGGGCCCAGGGAGGGGAGGAAGCUGAAGGUCAGAAGCCAGUUCCUUGGCCCUGGAAAGCUAGAGCAGACACGGUACUUCCCUUUCUGUAGAUGCUGGGAAAGUUCUAGUCUGAAAAGACGGCCGCCUCUGUGACAUCAGAGCGAUAGGCGGGGCCUCCUUUUGUUGGAGUCCAAUCAGAUUCAGAGUUGGGCUUCUGGGCGGGGCCAAGGAAACCCCAGGGAAUAUGUCUAGGGAAUUGGGCCCCUCGUGGGAAGCUAGAAGGCGGAGGCUGUGGGAGUUCCCUGUAGAUAGGAGCGAACCGUGACUCUGACCCCAGUCAAAAGCCCCCUAUACCAUGCAACCAUCCUCAUCCUCGCCCCCAACAAGAUCCUUAAUUUUAGUCGUGGGAAAAUAUUAGAUUGGAAGGACGUGGCCCCGUCGCCUUCUCUUAAAAGCCCUCGGAACUUGGACUCGGCUCUUCAGCGAACCCUAGUGUUUGAGGGUACAACAGUCAGGAGUCAAGGUCGGGCAGCGGUUGUUUAGGGUGCAUCGGGACUUCUCGGUUUCCUAAAGAGAAGGGUGAGCCCUGCAAACGCGGGGUCCGUUAGUCUCGGGGAGGGGCUUCUCUCGGUUUGGCUCUCACCUCCUCUCGGUUUGGGGUGAGAGAACCACCCCCCACCCCCCGGCUCUGCGCGCUCUGGCCGCGAUGGGGCCACGACUUCCCCUCCUGGUGGUCGCGCUGGCCGGCUGUCUGCUUCCUGCCCGAGGCUGUGUCAUGUGUGAUUCAGAGGUCGUGGAGGCGCUAAACUCCUUGGAGAAGGAUUACCUGCCUGGCCACCUGGAGCCCAAGCAUCACAAAAACGUGAUGAAAAGGGUAAAGCAAGCCGUGCAGGAUUUCAAGGAACUGCCGUUUGACGAGGAUUCCUAUAUGGGGGUCGUCGAUGAGCCCACACUGAAAAAGGCAUCCUGGAGUUUCCUGAAGGAUCUGAAACGCAUCACGGACAGUGAUGUAAAAGGUGAGCUCUUCGUGAAGGAGCUGUUCUGGAUGUUGAGCCUGGAAAAGGACAACUUUGCCAGCUACGCUGCUCAGUUCCAAAAAGAGGCUUUUUGUCCCAACAAAUGUGGUAUGAUGUUGCAGACUAUGAUCUGGUGCAGUAACUGCGAGAAGCAGGUUCACGCUUGUCGCAAGUCCUUGGAUUGCGGGGAGCGCAAGGUCAAGGUCCAUCAAAUGGAAGACAUGAUCCUGGACUGUCACCUCAACUGGCAUCAAGUGUCUCAAGGCCUGACCGAUUACAGCUUUUACAGGGUUUGGGGGAACAAUGCUGAGACCUUGGUGUCCAAGGGGAAAGAGCCCACCCUGACCAAGACCAUGGUGGGUCCAGAGGAUGAAGGCACCUACCGCUGCGAGCUGGGCACCGUGAGGUCCGGCCCAGCCACGGUCAUCCAUUUUCACGUCACAGUGUUGCCCAAAAGAAUUGAGGAGGAGAUACCGUUACCAGGCGUCCCAACCCAGGGUGAGGUGACCUUGGCUCGCCCCCAGUCGCCCACAACCCUGCAAUCUCCGCCGUCACUGUCGCUGAAUCCCGUGAAGAUGCUGCGAGGGCGCCUGAUAGGGCUGCUGAUCUGGGGCUCUGUGGUGCUAAUAGCCUGCGUCGCGACCGUGAUAAUUUGCUUGCGGUCUGGGAAGAUCCUCGAUUCCGUGAAGUCCUGGUUUGGCACUGUCAGUGGAGCUGCUCAGCAAUCCCAGGUUCCAGAGGAAAAGGCCAAGAAAUCAAGGAGCAAAUAAAGAUUUAUCUGGUUGUCUAAGUAUCUGACUCAC